AUGUAUUCACUAUCUUCUAGGCUGCCUGCGUAGCCUGAUGUGUGUUGAUGUUUGUUUUCUAAUAUUAUGCUCAAACACCAUGCCUGAUAUUUUUCCCUUUUCUUCUUUUCUUUCUUCUCUCUCUCUCUCUCUCUCUCUUGCCCCUCUGUUCUUCCCUUUCUCUGACCCCUUCACUCUCCUCAUCUAAAUCCCAGGUUCAGAGCAUAAGAGAGUGCCAAAAAUCCAGACCCUAUUCACAUCACCAUGGAAAGCGUGGACAACUUUGACCCCUCCGCCAUGAGGGCCGCUCUCACGGAUGUGACAAACGAGCAGACCAACAAAAACGCUGAUGCUGCAACGAUUGCUCGUGAAAAAGGUUGGGCUCAGCCUGAAGUUUACAACUACGAGAAAUACACUGCUGCUCCUCCUCCCCCGGCAGAUACUCUAGCAGAGGAGGUCGUGCAGGAAUCUGUCCCUGAGUGGGCUGCCCAGGCAGCGAAGUACGAAUGGAAUGACGAGUACGGGGAUAUCGGUCCUGAAAACCCUGAGCUCGAGGAAAUGCUUUUCCGCAAUGAGUUCAUUAACCGUACUGGCCUCAAGCUCGGAGCCUUGCAGAACAUUGAAGUUUUUGCUGAGAGUCGUGAGCGUCCUAGACCAAUCAAGAGUUUCAAUGACGCUGGUCUUCACCCUAUCAUCCUCAAAAAUAUUCAGCUAUGCAACUACGAGCUGCCUACUCCCAUCCAGGCAUAUGCUAUUCCUGCCGUACUUACUGGGCAUGAUUUGAUUGCAAUUGCGCAAACUGGAUCUGGUAAAACUGCCGCUUUCCUCAUCCCAGUCCUCUCCCAGCUGAUGGGGAAAGCCAAGAAGUUGGCAGCACCACGCCCAAAUCUAGGUGCUGGGUUCAAUCCCGCUGUCGAUGCAGUUCGUGCAGAGCCUCUUGUGCUUAUCGUUGCACCUACCAGAGAGCUUGCGACCCAGAUCUUUGAUGAGGCCCGUCGUCUGUGUUACCGCUCAAUGCUACGCCCCUGUGUUGUUUACGGUGGCGCACCUGUUCGUGAUCAGAAAGAUGAGCUUCAGAAAGGGUGUGAUAUCCUCAUUGGCACUCCUGGCAGACUCUUGGAUUUCAUGGAUAAACCUCAUAUUCUUUCUCUCAGUCGCAUUAAAUACACCAUUAUUGACGAGGCUGACGAACUUCUGCUAUCUGACUGGGAAUCAGACUUCAACAAGAUUAUGUCCGGAGGAGAUAUGAACGAGGAUUCUGAUCAUCGUUACAUGAUGUUUUCCGCCACUUUCAACCGGUCUUGCCGCCAGUUGGCUCGCAAGUUUCUUGCAGAGGACCAUGUUCGCAUCCGCAUCGGGCGUCCGGGCAGCACCCACACGAACGUGGAUCAGAAUGUUAUUUACGCGGAACCAAACCUGAAGAAACAGUGUCUCUACGAUCUUCUGCUCGCCAUGCCUCCAUCCCGUACCUUAAUUUUUGUCAACUCCAAGACCCAGGCUGACUUUUUGGAUGACUAUCUGUACAACAUGGGACUUCCCAGUACCUCCAUUCACUCGGAUCGUACUCAACGCGAGCGUGAGGAUGCAUUGCGUGCCUUUCGUACCGCUAGAUGCCCGAUCCUUGUUGCAACCGGAGUCUCUGCUCGUGGUCUUGACAUAAAAAAUGUUAUGCAUGUGAUAAACUUCGACCUUCCUCGUGUCCAGCACGGAGGUAUAACCGAGUACAUCCAUCGCAUCGGUCGUACUGCUCGAAUCGGUAACGAAGGUCUCGCUACUUCUUUCUACAACGACCAAGACUCAGAAAUCGCCCCAGAACUUGUCCAGAUCUUGAUUGAAAGCAAGCAGAAAAUACCCGAUUUCCUUGAGACCUACAAGCCUGAAGGUGGCGUGGUGAAUUUCCACGACGAUACGGAUGAUGAGGAUAAUGGUGACACUAUCGUCGUUCAGGAUGAUACCGCUGCCAACACUGGGGGAUGGGGAGGAAUUCCCGCAGCUUCUACUGAUGUCGCUCCCCCGGCCGCAUCUUUCGGGUGGGAAUAGGGGGCUUUUCCUCCCUUGUCACUACUUCGUCGCCCACACACCUUGCCGCACGGCUUAGUACCAUGUCCUAGGUAACUGCACGGCAAUGGAGUGGAAACGAUGAUGAUGAUCCAGGCGGGCCCCCUAGCUGAGCGUUGGUUUCAGAUUGAGUUUCUUCAGUUUCUUUAGUUCAACAGAGAGAGAAAAAGAGGUACCUGCUUCUGGAAAGUAGGCCUUCUGAUCUCAAAACAUAGGCAGACAAGAAGGCUCUCGCAGGCUGCCUUUCCGGUAUCUCGCUCAUCCUUGGAAGCCUUGCAGACCAAGGUAGACCAUCUUCCACCUCUGAAAAGAAAGUCUAUCCAGAAUUCGUGUGCAUGGCGCAAAACUAACUGCUGGUUUGGUUGGGAGGUUUGGGGCGGGUCCAGAGAAGAUGGCUAGCUGAUAGUCUUUUUGUUGAAUCUUUGUUUUCCUUUGGAAAUAAGUCAACCAGCUCAUCGAACUGUCUCUUUUUC